UGCAGAGGUCGGGUGACGCCCCUCCCCUGCCUCCCUAGCAUCAGCACCUCCAAACUGAACAAGGCGGCCGGGAAAAGGAUGCUCUCCGGUCCGCGAUGCUCACCAGCCCGAGGAGACCAAACGAUGAGACGACUAACCGCGAGGCGCUCGAGCGGCUGGGUAUAGUCACUGUUUUCUGCACGUUUAUGUUGCCUCGCUGCCUCCAUUCAUGAUGCACCAUUCAUGCAUCCCCAAGAAUGGAAGCACAUUGCGAGGAAAACAUAUAAAUCGCCUGUUAUAGCCCUGUUGUUUCGCUUUUGUAAGACACAUUCUCGCUCGUUUGAUGAAGCUUCUUUUCAUGUAGGUCAAGGUGAUGAGGAGCCCGAUUUUGUCUUUUGAGGGCGCCGCGCGAAUGUAGGGCUAAUACAGGAAAGCCAAGCAAACAAAAGGCAUCCAGCCCCCCUCCUCUGACGCACCUGGCUGCCCUGUCGCCACUUGACAUGACAGCGCAGAGCCGGGAGCAGAGCAGCAGGAUCAAGGGGCACCGACGUGCAGCCGGACGUGUGGACUCGACAGGGAACAGAGGAGCCUCCGGACGCACGGCGGAGAAGCAGCAGCAGCCCAGGGGAGGCCGGAUUGCAGUUUCUGGGGACGAGCGCCAAGGGCAGUGCGGCAGUCAGCAGGCAGACCGGGGGGAGGAGGCUGCGGAGAUCUGUGAUACUUCCCCCCCAGGCCCCACUGCGCUCUCACCUCCGUAUCAUCCUGAAUAUAUCAUGGUGGAAGCUCUUAUGUUUCACCAAUGGUGACUGUGACACUCCCCAUCAUUUUCUCUCCUCUUUUUUCCUCCUUCCCAACCAAUCAGUGAUGAUGGGCAAUUAAAAGAUUAGAUCUGCUCUCCAGGCAAGGGUGGACCCCGGAGGGGACUGAUGUGCAUACUGGCCAGGUAUCAUUUGCUCCCUUCUUCUCUGGUUUUGCUCAUUUUGCUUGCUGCCUGCACUAUGGGCUGUAUUCAGAGCAUCGCAUGCAAGCCCCGCAUCAGACGGGAGAACAUUGUGGUGUAUGAGGUGUCAGCCUCUAUUGACCAGUGUCCCACCAUCAUUGAGGAGAACUCGCCGAUUGUGCUUCGUUACAAGACGCCUUACUUCAGGGCCUCAGCAGGGGUUGUGAUGCCACCAGUGCCCCGCAAUGAAACUUGGGUGGUGGGCUGGAUCCAGGCUUGUACCCAGAUGGAGUUCUACAACACCUAUGGGGAUAUUGGCAUGUCCAGCUGGGAGUUACCAGAGCUGCGAGAGGGUCGGGUCAAGGCCAUCAGCGACUCAGACGGCGUCAGCUACCCCUGGUAUGGCAACACCACCGAGACAGUCACCCUGACCGGACCCACAUCCAAACCGUCCCGUCUGACGGUCAGCAUGAACGACAACUUCUACCCCAGCGUGACCUGGGCAGUGCCCAUCAGCAACAGCAACACGCCCAUGCUGACCCACAUCACCCGGGACCAGAGCUUCAUCACCUGGCUGGUGGCGAUGAACUCCGUCACCAAGGAGCGCAUUGUGUUGCAGACGGUGCGGUGGCGGAUGCGAGUGGACAUUGCCGUGGACCCUGACAUGCCUCUAGGCUCUCGGGCCUCGUUGGUGGGUCGUCCCUACCAGGAGCAGCCGCACAUCCUCAACUACCAGGAGCCCAUCCCCCCCAACGCGCUGGGGAGGCCGAAUGCCAACGACGCCCAAGUGCUAAUGUGGAGGCCACGGAGAGGAGCGCCACUAGUGGUCAUCCCGCCAAAAUAAGAGGGUCAAACGGUUGCAUAUACUAAAGUGUUGAUUGUUCCCUCUUGCAGGAUAGGGGGUAUGAAGGUGAUGAAGUCCUGAAGCCGAUCAGAGAAGAGAGAAUUGAUGGUUUCCCUGCGCUUAAGAUGCCAGUGGCUCAUUGCCCCUGAAAGAUUUAAGUGGACCAUUAUAACAAGCCAGAGUGGAAAUUACAUCUUGGAUCUGACACAACACAGUGUCAGAACAGAAAUCUACAACAAACUUGUGUCAAGAGCCUGGGUUGCAUCAAGGCUGUUUUUGGUCCCCGACAAGUUUUGGACUGCAUUAAAGAGUUCUGCCUGCUUUUUAGCAAACAAGGAACGCUGUUUUUAGACGUACCACAGAGGUAUUAGACACCAACGAGAACUGCAUCCUGCAUCCUUAUGUAGAUCUUAUUGCAUGAGAGUGUGAGAGAGACAAGAGAAAUCGUCCUUGAGAAGUUUAAGAAUAGCAUUUGUUUUGUAUAACUUGAUACCUGAAGACAUUUUGAUUGAAAAGUCAGCCAAAAAAAACAAACAAAAAAAACCUGCGGGCUGGUCAAACCUCGUCAGUGCCACCUAAGGCCUUCAGCACACUCAGUACCAGAGUUACAGGAUGUAUUCAGAGAAUUUUAAAAGAGACAAAGUAUUAUAUGAAUCUUUUUAGGUUAAGAUUAACUCAUGCAUCAAUCAGAUUGUAUUAAGAGCACCCACCUUGCAUAAAAGUCUGGAAGAAGAACAAACCUGCUGUAGUUUUCACUGGAGUUUUGCUAACACACCAAACUUAUGCACCAACGUAUUUUCAACUCAGUCGUGCAGCUGAUAUUUUAUUCAGAUGGGUGACAAACGAUCAGAGGAAGGAGCUGGACCUGUUACCACAUUAAAUAAAUAAUGUCAACUAUGCUUUCAAUAAGUGCGGUGUAAAUGACUUGGAAUAGUGCCAUACAGCAAAUUUAAAAUGAGAGGGCGGUAGCUGGAAUGAAGCCGAAUUGUACUCAGACCUAAGGUAGAUUCGAUGUGGCACUAAUCAGGCCAUGUUGCACUACCGAGUUACAUAAAUCUUCCUACAAUCAGGGAAUCUAAAUGUACUCUUAAUGGUUUCCUUGGUGUGGAAUUAAACCAGACUGCAUUUUGAAAAUGAUUUGUUCAAUUUAGUGCCAUUAUUUAAGACUGGUUUAUGAGGUCAUAUUACAGUUUCUUAUUAUAUCGUUAAUGUAUAUCAGUGGUUCUCAACUUACGGGCUCACAAUCGGGUGCAGGGUGGCCAGCUAACCAUUUUCUAAUUCAAAAAGCAAAUAAAUUGAUUUACACUGGAAAUGUUUUGUAUUUUUUUCUGGAGAGAUCAUAAGAAGCAUGGUUUUGAUCCCCCAGACUUCCCUGGCAGAAGUGCAAGCUGAGGUCCCAAUGCCUUCAAAUCCUAGAGACACCCCUGUGCACACAGCCCUGCACAGGGGCUGCUGCCACUGGGUUUGCCUGUUGCAAACAUCGAAA